AUGGCAUGGCCGAAUCCGUUCCGCGCUCGGACAGUUAACACCCGCGAUGCCUGGGGCUACAGAUUUGAAAUCGAUGAACAGCAUCUCACGCCUGAACAAUGCCAACCUCUCAAGUUCUCGUACGAUGUGAUAGCCGAACAGGUACUCGACCGCUUGAACGAGAUUUCGCCACCCGCAUCGAACCAGCUACCCAAAAAUAAUGGCCAAUUCUCAGCAGCUGGUUCUGAUGGCCCGAGAGCGGGCGACGAUAGUAAACAUAAGCUCACGCUGCCCCAAAGGGACCUGUAUGCUAUCCUGCAAGAGCACUCUAGCACGGACGAGCUUCUGGGACAGUUUUGGCGUGAUGUCAACACGGUGCCCGAAUGGGUUGAUUGGGAGCAGAUUCGGAGAGGUCAGGACGUGUUUUAUCGCUACGGUGGUGCUUGUCUGACUGGACUGGCAUAUCAGUCGCUCUUAGGAGGCAUGGGAGCUGCAAGAGUCGUUGAAGUGUUGGCGCGAACAGGUGGGUUCUCUACGAAAGUGGCUCGAGGGCGACUGUUUGAAACGACGCAGCACAUCCUGCAAUGUACGAGGUCAGUGGAGAGCAUGAUGCCCGGAGGCGAUGGCUUUGCUUCUACCAUUCGGGUGAGACUACUCCAUGCUGCUGUUAGACAGCGUAUCAUGAAACUCCGAGCAUCGAAGCCGGAGUAUUUCGAUAUGGAGAACUGGGGCGUCCCGGUAAACGACCUCGAUGUUCUGGCUACGCUCGCGACGUUUUCAGCAGCGCUUCUGUGGGUGAGCUUGCCGCGUCAGGGGAUCUUCGUUCGUGGUCAGGAGAUCGAGGACUACAUUGCGCUUUGGAGAUACAUUGGCCAUGUAAUAGGUGCUCCGGACAGCCAUUUCCAAACUCCCGGGCAGGCCAAGCGAUUGAUGGAAACAUUGCUUUUGAACGAAAUCCACCCCACGCACACUUCAAAGGUUCUUGCCAACAACAUUAUCAAGAGUUUGGAAGGGCAGCCACCCGGGUAUGCUUCUGCGGACUUCCUCGUUGCAUCAGCUCGCUGGCUGAACGGCAACGCCCUCUGCGACGCUCUCGGUCUACCUCGUCCCUCUCCAUACUAUUGGGCAUUGAUGGCUGGACAAUGUUUGUUUUUUAUGGUAUUCUGCUACACAUAUCGCAUGAUACCCUACCUCGACCGGCGGAAGAUUGCCACACUCAAGCAGGUGUUUUAUGCAGUUAUUGUGAAGAGCAAGUAUGGUCUGCAGGGCGAAGAAAGCAAGUUUUCGUUGAAAUACGUCCCGGAAUACAGUACGAUUACGGAGAUGGGCGAGUGUGAGGAGGCGAAGGCCACUUACUCCCACGUGGAAAGCCGCAACCUCAAGACUUUUGUGAUAGGCAUUGGCGUGCUAGGCAUUGGUACAUGGGUCGGAUGGAGGAUCAUGAGCGGCAUUGCGAGUCGUAUACUACCUCCUUGGUAAAUAGCUCGGGCAAAGAUGUGCAGACCUG